CUUCACACCGAACAGUCAUCACUUACAGUAACUCACACUUAAGAACUUGUCUCCCCCCUUUGUAACUCUUUCCCAUUAUAUUCAUUAUUCCUGAGUAUUGUUUUAUUCUAAUAUUUCUUGAAAGUACUCUCCCAUGAUCCUUCGAAUAUAACAUAAGUAAAUUGAGUUAUUGCCACAGUACUUUUCUAGAAAGCAGGCAAACGAGACCAUGACUUCAAAAGGCAAACAGCUUCCACAUGAGCGGCGGAAAGGCGAAUCUGUACUUUACCCCUUGGCAGAAUUCGUUUCAUAUCUCUAAUCAAGAAUAGGCUCUCAGUGAAUUCGCGGAAUAUGUUGAAAAGCAACAAGCACUUCGAUAUCCCUCUCAUUCUACUGCUAGUUCAACCACAGCAGUUCCAUCAACCACCGCAUCGUCUACCACUUGUGUGGAAGAUCACGCUGAACUUACGGAUAUCUUAAAUUCUCUCGAUAUAGCAGAUACUAGUCCUCAAGUACGAAUAAAAGAUUUACUGCUCUCUACCGAAGACGAGAAAUUGACAGUCCUUCAAAAUGUUCUAGAGAUGCGAUUGGAGGAGGGACAUGGAGAGACUAUCUUUGAGAUUGGAUUCGAGAAUAAUGGUGAUAUAAUGGGGUUGAACAGAGAGGAGUGGGAUGCUGCUCUUAAAAGGUUAAGAGAAGCUGCAGGGAAAUGUAAUAGUGAUUGUCAAGUACUUUUGACGAAAGGAGUGGGUGGCGAGGUAGAGGGCGAGAGUGGAGAGUCAAAAGAAAAAGACUGUACAGGAAAGAUUCUAAUACGACAACAUCCUGCUAGUGUGGAAGAGGUCAUCGAGACAAGAAUUGCUGUUGUAGGAAAUGUCGACGCAGGCAAAAGUACCAUGUUGGGUGUAUUGGUGAAGGGUGGAUUGGAUGAUGGAAGAGGAAAAGCAAGAGUCAAUCUCUUUCGACAUAAACACGAAAUCGAAAGCGGAAGAACCAGUUCUGUGGGAAUGGAAAUCAUGGGCUUUGAUACCCUGGGGAAAGUUAUUGCAUCCGAUGUCCCGGGGAGGAAAUUAUCAUGGGAGGAAAUUGGAAAACGAUCAGCGAAAGUUAUCUCCUUCACCGAUUUGGCUGGCCAUGAACGAUACUUACGAACUACUGUCUUUGGACUUUUAUCUUCAUCGCCAAAUUACUGUUUACUGAUGGUCGCUGCAAAUAAUGGCCUCAUUGGUAUGAGUAAAGAACAUCUUGGUAUUGCCCUUGCGUUGAAUGUACCGGUUAUGGUUGUCAUUACCAAAAUCGAUAUAUGCCCUCCUCAAAUUCUUGAACAAACCAUCAAACAAAUUACUGGAAUAUUAAAAAGUCCUGGAGCAAGAAAAAUUCCAAUUUUUAUCAAGAAUCGAGAGGAAUGUAUUAAUACCGCCACUCAAUUCGUUAGUCAACGGAUUUGUCCAAUCUUCCAAGUAUCUAACGUCACUGGAGAAUCCUUGGAUCUCGUUCGAGCAUUCCUUAAUAUUCUCCCUCAUCACGGCCAUUAUGAUGCCGAGGCACCUUUCGAAUUUCAUGUCAAUGAUACUUUCUCUGUUCCAUUCGUAGGGACCGUAGUAUCAGGGAUUGUCAAAUCAGGUGUUGUCCACGCUGGUGAUACGGUACUCAUUGGACCUGACUCAUUAGGUCAAUUUACAACCACAACCAUUCGUUCCAUUGAACGUAAACGAAUACCAGUCCCAGCUACAUCUGCUGGUCAAUCCGCUUCUUUCGCACUCAAACGAGUUCGAAGAAAAGAUGUUCGAAAAGGAAUGGUUGUUCUUCCAAAACUCGAACAUAAUUCCCCUAAAGUCUAUCGAGAAUUCGUCGCAGAAGUUUUGAUUCUUUCUCAUGCUACCACUAUCAAGACAAAAUAUCAGGCUAUGUUGCAUGUAGGACCGGUUAGUCAAACAUGUGCUAUUAUCGAUAUUGAUCGAAGUUACAUUCGAACGGGCGAUAGAGCAACGGUUGCAUUUCGAUUCGUGCAAAGACCGGAGUACUUGGCUCCGGGUGAUAGAUUGUUGUUCAGAGAAGGUAGGACGAAAGGAUUAGGAAUUGUGAAGAGUGUAGGUUAUGAUCCGGCGAAACCGUUAGGGGGUGUUAAACCUGAAUCUGAAGGUACUGAAACGGAACCUGUAAAGACGGAUACACCAGCUGAGGGAUCAAAAGCUACUUAGGGGUUUGGUGCCUGACUAGACUAUGUUUUAUUGUUUUAUCGUGUCAUGGAAGCUGGGUCAGAAUCAUGCCAAAGACCGAAGAUGGUGAUGGUGUAUCAAGGAGAUGGAAUAGAUUACUUCUUGUGUUUGUGUCUUCAUUAAGGUUACUUGCUUGGUUUGGAGAUGAGUUUAUGAGUUUAUGAGUUUAUGAGUUAUUGUCUAGAUAUUUUUCCAGCGUGCGCGUGCGGAUUAAAUGCAUACAGCGAAUACCUAUAGAUACCAAAAAUAUUAUAUGUUG